AUCACAAAUUGGCGUUUAUCUAGGUAAUACUGUUUUAUGUUUUAUUUCUGCAUUUAUUUGGUCAUGUAAAUGUGCUUAGAACUAAUAAGAUAUGCAAAUAGAGAAAAAUGCAUGACUCAUCAGCAGAGUAUGGAAUGUAAGCAUGUGCCAUGAAAUUGCAUUCUCUUGCCUUUUAUUUUCCGUCAUUUGUGCACUGGUUCCAUUUAGAGUAUAGUCUAUUCUCUUUUUUCCCCUCCCACAUAGAUUGGCCAAAAUGGGAAGGUUUGGAUUCCACUCUCUUCCACGAGGAGUUAAUGGGACUGGCUAAGAUCAAAAUCUGAGACUUUUUCCAUCUGCAGUCAGUCCCCUUUUGCUUUCUUUUACGACCACAUGAAACUUGAGAAGCCACCUAAAGCUAUAUCAUUUAGUGGAGUUGGGCAGUUCCCAAGUGUCCAACAAGAAGGCCUGGUUUAGGCUGCGAUGGCCACUGUCAUUCCUGGUGAUUUGUCAGAAGUAAGAGAUACCCAGAAAGUCCCAUCAGGGAAACGUAAGCGUGGUGAAACCAAACCAAGAAAAAACUUUCCUUGCCAACUGUGUGACAAGGCCUUUAACAGUGUUGAGAAAUUAAAGGUUCACUCCUACUCUCACACAGGAGAGAGGCCCUACAAGUGCAUACAACAAGACUGCACCAAGGCCUUUGUUUCUAAAUACAAAUUACAAAGGCACAUGGCUACUCAUUCUCCUGAGAAAACCCACAAGUGUAAUUAUUGUGAGAAAAUGUUUCACCGGAAAGACCAUCUGAAGAAUCACCUCCACACACAUGACCCUAACAAAGAGACAUUUAAGUGUGAAGAGUGUGGCAAGAACUACAACACCAAGCUUGGGUUCAAACGUCACUUGGCCUUGCAUGCCGCCACCAGCGGGGAUCUCACCUGUAAGGUGUGUUUGCAGACUUUCGAAAGCACAGGAGUGCUUCUGGAGCACCUUAAAUCCCAUGCAGGCAAGUCAUCCGGUGGGGUGAAAGAGAAAAAGCACCAGUGCGAGCACUGCGAUCGCCGCUUCUACACCCGCAAGGAUGUCCGCAGACACAUGGUGGUGCACACGGGAAGAAAGGACUUCCUCUGUCAGUACUGUGCACAGAGAUUUGGCCGAAAGGAUCACCUAACUCGACAUAUGAAGAAGAGUCACAAUCAAGAGCUUCUGAAGGUGAAAACGGAACCAGUGGAUUUCCUGGAUCCAUUUACCUGCAACGUGUCUGUGCCUAUAAAAGAUGAGCUCCUGCCGGUGAUGUCCUUGCCUUCCAGUGAACUGCUUUCCAAGCCAUUCACCAACACUCUGCAGUUAAACCUCUACAACACUCCAUUUCAGUCCAUGCAGAACUCGGGAUCUGCCCACCAAAUGAUCACAACUUUGCCUUUGGGAAUGACAUGCCCCAUAGAUAUGGAUGCUGUUCAUCCCUCUCACCACCUUUCUUUCAAAUAUCCAUUCAGUUCUACCUCAUACGCAAUUUCGAUUCCUGAAAAAGAACAGCCAUUAAAGGGGGAAAUUGAGAGUUACCUGAUGGAGCUACAAGGUGGGGCACCCUCUUCAUCCCAGGAUUCACAAGCGUCAUCCUCUUCCAAGCUAGCCUUGGAGCCUCAAAGCGGGUCCCUCGAAGAUGGUGCAGGGGACCUCGCCCUGUCCAAAAGCUCUAUCUCCAUCAGCGACUCCCUCAACACACCAGCCUUGGAUUUUUCUCAGUUGUUUAAUUUCAUACCAUUAAACGGUCCUCCGUAUAACCCUAUAUCUGUGGGGAGCCUUGGAAUGAGCUAUUCCCAAGACGAAACACAUUCUUCUGUCUCCCAGCUCCCCCCACAAACACAGGAUCUGCAGGAUCCUGCAAACACUCUAGGCCUUGGGUCCCUGCACUCGCUCUCUGCAGCUUUCACCAGUAGCUUAAGCACAAGCACCACCCUGCCACGUUUCCACCAAGCUUUUCAGUAGGAUCCCCCGGUGGGGGGGUUAUUAUGGAUGUGUAGCCCUUGCCUUAGAGGAGUUUUUUUUUAGUGCCUACUUUUAAGACAGUAUAAAAGUUUCUGCUUUUGUAUAAUACCAGUUUUCAUUAAGCCAGUAUAAGGUAGAAACUAGCUUUUUAAAUGAGCUUUGGAACCAUUUGUGUUCAGUUAUGUUUACCUGGGUUUUUUUUGUCCUGAUUCACUGCCAAUUGUCAUAUUUUAUGGAUUUUAUUUCAUGUAGGAAAGCCAUUAUUACUAAAAAGUUUUGCAGAUCCCAUGUUGAAAUUACUUUCAGAUCUUAAAAUUUCCUUGUUUUUCGCAAUAACAAUGGCUCUACCUUUUCACAUUUGGCUUCUUAUAUUUUUUGCAUUAGAAUGUAAAUUUUAUAAAAUCUAUGUGAAUAACUCAAGAGUUAAAUAAUUUUUACUAGCCUUUGAAUGGAUUCCUAAUCAAGUGUUUCAGGUGAAUGAAGAAUCCAGUUUGGGGCAAUAACACCAUAAUCUCAGAUCAGUAUAUUUUGAAGCCUUGCUAUUGUCUGGUUAAAAUAUUUACUGUCUUUAUUAUAAGCAUAUAAGGAAAACAAAACCUAAAUACAAAGCACCAGUAUUUAUAGCAAAAAAGAGACUCCUAGUAAGGUAACAUGACUUUCCAUGUUACGUAGUAGUUGGCCCUAACUUAGAGUACACAGGAUAUUUUGUCAUUUUCAACCUUAGCUUACUAUCUUUCCAUUUAGUAAAAUUAAUAUUGUAUCGCAUCACAAUCAGUGUAUACGUAGAUCUCUUUUCAUCUUUUCCAGCUUUUGCAGCCGAAGGUUGGAUCAGGUGCACAGGCAGUCUUACUCAGAUUGAUGGUUCUGUCAGUAGGGAAUCUAGGGCCAUCAUGGUGCUUGGGACGGUAGGUGUGUGAAUCCCAGAGCUGACUCAGCCUGUAUGGUGUGAGAGGUGCCUGAGGAGGGAGGCAGCCAUGAAGCCCCCAGUCAAACCCUAGAAGUUGUCUCGGGAUCACACCCUCUACCACAAGGAUGAAAGCUUGGACUAUUUGAGGGGUGAAGUCAAAGCAUAGCGGUUACAUCAAUUCUUGUGGAAUUUUUAUGACAUUUUCCUUUCUCAUAAGAGACAAAAACAGAAAACAAAAGUGAUGGCCUAGUUCCCCACAGUAUCAUCUUCAUUCAGUGUGAAUCCUUUGCUGUUUUCAGAUGCAGAAUUUGAAGUUUAACACAGUGAUGGAAAACCAUUUGAGGAAUUACCACAAAGUUUUAAGUGACUAAAAUAAGCGUUUUAGUCACCUAAAAAAUACACACACACACACACACACACACACACACACAUAUACACAGUAAGCCCCACUUUAUGCAUCUCCAGGAAAUGAGAGGAGUAUAGCAAGUAAGUUGAGUUUGUAGAGGACACAGUAAGGUAACUAAACACUGUGUUCAUUAAUGUGAAAAUAGCAAUCAAGAGCAUUGUAUUCACUGAAUGAACCCGUUACAAUGGGCUUUCCUCAAGUUACAUAGCCACCACAGGCUUGAAGGUCCAGUUAGUGCAUUUUUUCUAAGGAUCAUUGGGACAUCAACCUAAGAAAUGUAUAUUAAGCACUUGUUAACACCUUAUUUGAAGACCCCAUCUUGUUGGGGCAGGGGGAAGAGGGAAGUUUAUGAAGAGUAUGUAUCUCUUCUUUAAAAAAAAAAAAAAAGAAAGAAAGAAACUAUUUCUGAGCACUCAUUGGCCCAGCGUGGGAGUCCCUUCCCCUUUUCUUUCCUGGGGCCAGUUAUCACUGCAUGUUGAAAAAAAAAAUGUUUACCAAGAAUUUCUAAAAAUGAGUGCAGAUUACUGAAUAUAAUACAUUAUUUAAAAUACUUGGGAGUAGUAUAAUUUGUGCAGAAUGUAAAUUGUAAUAAUGUACAUGGGUUUCUCUAUAUAUAAUACACACACAUACAUUUAUCGCACUUCAUAGAAUCAAAGUUGCUCUCUGAGGGAGCUUUGGCUCCUGAUAUUUUAUCAUGCUCCUGUCUUUUAAUCCUAGGAGCAGUAGUUUUUAUACUUAUGUAUUUAAAUUUUAUUAUGGAAAAUU